CUCCAGGUCCACUCUGCCUUCGCCGAGCAGAAUAACAAAAGGAUAGUUAUGGCUCUUCAAAGUGGAUUGAAGAGUGAGUUGACAUGGGCAUUGAAGGCUCUCACAUUGCUUUCGUUCAAAGAGAAAGAUGAAGUCAAAAAGGAUGCAACUCCUCUUGCCCGGAUUCCUGGAUUGCUUGAUGCUCUACUUCAAGUUAUAGAUGACUGGCGUGACAUAGCUCUACCAAGAGUUCUCGCAAAGACACCAAGGGCGAGACUGCUGGGUGCUAAUUCUGCUGUUACUGGAUUUGGGAGUGAAUAUGAGACUGUCAAUUCCGGUGAUUCUGUUCCACAUCCUACUGCUGGGUCUGGUUCUUCAAAUAAAGAUCUGUCUGCACAAAAGAGUAGUUCGAAGUCUCGCCAUUCAGGUUGGUGGUUCGAGGAAGAUGGCCUCUUUAAUCUUGAUGAUGAAGGGCGGGCAGAAAAACAGCAAUGUGCUAUAGCUGCUUCAAAUAUAAUUAGAAACUUUUCUUUUAUGGCUGAGAAUGAACUUGCAAUGGGUCAGAAUCGUCACUGUCUUGAAACAAUGUUCCAGUGUUUGGAAGAUUAUGUUACAGAGGAUGAAGAACUCGUCACAAAUACCCUUGAGACAAUCAUGAAUUUGGGCCCAUUGCUAGACCUUCGGAUAUUUAGCUCAUCAAAGCCUUCGUUCAUCAAAAUGACAGAAAAACGUGCACUCCAGGCCAUCAUGGGGAUGCUCGGAUCUGCUGUUAGAGGCUGGCAUUGUGCAGCUGCUGAACUGCUUGGCCGCAUGAUACUCAACCCUGACAACGAAUCUUUCCUCAUGCCAUUUGCUCCACAGAUAUACAAGCGAUUGGUUGAUAUUAUUAGCUUCCCAGCUGGCGAUGCUCAAGCAGCAGCUGUUGGUGCGCUAUACAACCUUGCAUAAG